AACAGUCUUCAGACGAUCUCUCUACUGAAAACGAGGAUGAGCUUUAUGAUGACAUGGAGUAUUGAAUUUUUCAUGUAUUUUGAUGAGCUGUCAGCUUAAAUGGACUACGUAAUUUUAAGAAUAUUGUACAAGAAUUUCUUUAGUAGAUUGUUUUGUAUUAGAAUGUUGAAGUAAUAGUUUCUUUUACCAAUGAUGUCUGAUUAAUUUGUUACCCCUUCACUGUUAUGCAUAUCAAAUUUUUUAGAUGAGCAGUUCUCAAGAUAGUUCACAAGAAGGGCCCAACGCUGACUUUAGGGAUAGUCUAGAGGGAGAUGGUUCUAUAAGUGCUACUGGCAAGGAGGCGAAGCAAGGUCGAGGUCAAGGGAAAUGCAACUGGUUUCUAAAUAACAAAAAAGAGUCAGUUGAUUUAUCUCCAUUUGGCAGAGUUAUUAGUGACAAUAGUCCCCAUUUUUCUAGAUACAUGGGUAUUUUGGCGCGGGAUGCCAAUCUAAUUCCGAUCAAGUAUUUAAAAUGGGAAAAAGUACCAGACUCUUGCAAACUUGAUGUCUGGGACACUCUACGGGGCACCAUUGAAUUUCGUCCUGAACAACAACCUAUGAUUCAUGUCUUCAAGGAUGUAACAAUGAAGAAUAUUGAAAAAUUGUGGAGAAGUUUCAAGAGUGAUUUGAAGAAAGCUUAUUAUAAGCCUUUCACAGGAAGUAAAAGACGGUGGCAAUGUGGGGAUUCUCGUGUAGACCCAGAUCAAUGGAGGGUGUUGGUUGAACAUUGGGAAAAAGAUGAGAUUGCAGUACGUAUUAUUACACAACACUCAGUAUAUAUAAUCUGUGCAAUGAUUAAGUAUGUUUUGUUUUUGCUAAUAAAAGGAGCAAGCUAAAAGAAAUGUUGAAAAUCGGAGUAAACAAACAUUGAAUCACACAUCUAGAACAAAGUCUUAUGCUCGCAGCAAAGCACAAUAUGUCAGUUUUGAUGAUGCACUUGAAUGUUUACUCUUUACUAUAUUC